AUGCUCACGUUGCUCUUUCUCUUCGUCGAUUUUCUCUUGCACUUCGUGAACGGUGAUGGAAUGUGCCAAACGUGCAGUAUUUUCACGUUUGUCGACAACUCCCUUCAAUGCUUGAAUCCAUCGGUUUGCUAUGCCGAGUACUGCUAUUAUUACAUAACAUCUGAUCGCCGUUCUCUUUUCUUGGCCGGUUGCGUCGAUGCGCUCGAUUCGGCUUUCUUUUUCUACAGAGAAGAUCCACGAACAGUCUGCCGAACAGAACAUCACAUCGGUUUGUGUAUUUGUCGAGCCGACGAUGGAGCGUGUCGAGUCGACAAAAAUGAGACACUUUACGCGGCUGAGCUACGGGGAAGCAUUCCAUUAUCCAAUUCAAUGAAGAAACCAAAUUUCGAAUGCAACUUUCAGACAACAACGGGCGUCCGAAUGGAGUACGUGCGGACGAGGGUGUUGCAAAUGCAUAUCACCGACUUUCCGACGAGUUUUACGCAGACAAAGGAUACGUUG